CAUUUCGAGGAUGUUCUUCCUUCCUUCCGUUUCACCAUUCUUGUGAGAGAACGAAAGCUAAUGCAAAAUAAAGAUGCAUAACUCGACAACCCUAAUUUUCACCGCGUUCAUUUUCGAUUUUCAAUUUCAAUGUGGUUUACACGAUCGAAAUCAAAAUCAGAACCACAAUCUCAAUCUCGCAGCGCCCCUGCUCCCCCAAAAUUCGGCCGCUCCUCCUUCAAGGAUGUCCACACCCUCCUCUCCGAUCAACGCUCCGCGUGCGCCGCCGCCGAUCACGACCCAGCCGCACCUGGGAUUGGGAAUGCCCCAAUUUUACACCGGAGCCGGAGCUCCAACAACCUCCUCCGCACCCUAUCCAACCCGACCUUCCUGCUGAAUGAAUCGCUGCAGACGGCUGAAGCCGCCUCGCGAAUCCAGCCUCCUCCGGGCGCCGAUAGAUGCGUCGUGGUCUAUUUUACCAGCUUGAGAAUCGUCCGCCGUACGUUCGAGGACUGCAACACCCUCCGAUCGAUGCUGCAGUCCUUCCGCGUGCCGAUCGACGAGCGUGAUAUCUCGAUCGACUCGCAGUACGCGGACGAGCUGCGGAGGAUUCUCGGCGCCACGGACAGCUCCAGAUUGCCGCUGCCUAGGGUUUUCAUCGACGGUCGGUACGUCGGCGGGGCUGAGGAGAUGCGGCGGCUUUUCAAUAGCGGCGAGCUGCACAAGUGGCUCAGCCUGCUUCCCGCGGCGAAGCCUGGCACGUGCGAGGCGUGCGGAGACAUGAGAUUUGUCCUCUGCGAGGACUGCGACGGCAGCCAUAAAUGCUACAGCGAGAAAUCCGAAGGCUUCAGGACUUGUACCUCGUGCAAUGAGCAUGGUCUCAUCAGGUGCCCCUCUUGUUCCUUCAGUUGAUUCCCCCGACCUAGUCUUUUUGUAAAAAAAAAAAAAAAAAAAAAAAAAAUCUGUAUAAUUUAUUAAUUGGGCAAUAAUGAUUUUACCAAAAAAAAAAAAAAAGAAAAUUAAGGCCAUCUUUUUAUAAUCGUUUUGUGUUGGCAUAAUGUUCAUGUGCUGUGUGCUUCAUCAUUUCAUCUCUGUGAUCUUCUUGCAAAAAAGGGCUGUGUUAUUUCUUGUGGUUGUGCUGCGUAGUGUUGGUAAUUAAUUCAUUGCUUCUUUUGUGGGUGUAAAAGUUUGGCAGAUGCGAUCUGUCUUACGUCGUGAAAAGUGUUGCUUGCAUGCAUGCAUGCAUCCUAGUUUAGAACUUUUCUGCUAAGAAUUGAAGUUAUUAGAACGCUUCGGAUUUGUGAAUAAAGUUAUACCAAUCACAUGAUCUAUUUUAAUUGCAUUGUGAUACUUAAUCAAGAGCAUCAUACUUUCAUGUUAGAAUUGAUUAAAUAAAUUUAGGAUGGAGUGCUUUGAAAUUUUACAACAUGUAUUUGAUAGUAUAAUAUAAUUAAAACUUGUGCAUCAUAGGAAUUUAAUUACAUUAGGGUUAGAAGAUGGCAUUUUGUGCAGCAUCUCCACAUAUUGUUGGCACACUUGAAUAAGAUUCGACCAAUUUUGUUGACUCAACCCAUCUAGAUUUUCUUCUGGUUCCAGAAAAUAAUUUAAGUAUGUUUUGUCUUGUUUAAUUACAUUGUAUUUUUUUUGAAUCCAUAAUUGUUUUAUAUUUCAAUCACAAAUAACACUAGCUGCACAUUUAGGAUUAAA